GGAACCGAAGUCGCCACCGCUGCUGCCGCUGCCGCCUGGGUCGCCGGCUGCCAGCGCGCUGGCUCGGCCAGGGCCCGCAGCCAUGGAGGAGUUCAUCGUGAUCUCGGACGACAGCGGCUCUGAGAGCUCCGGGGGACCCCGCUCGGGUCGGGCACGGAGGAUCCGCCGAGCCCUUUCCCGGACCCCCAGCGCGCUGCCCCGCCGGACCGUGGACUUUAUCGACUUAACUAGAGAAACCAGACCAAGGGCAAAGGAUCGUAAUGGACUCUGUGUGAUCGACCUGACAGGAACUGAGGAAGAAGAUAGCCCAAUUGCCACUCUUGACUUGACUCAAGAAUCUGUUGCUCCCUCUCAGAAGGAGCCAACCAGUCUGCAGACAUGUGCCAACCUCUCCAACAAAGAGGUAAUGGAAGGGCGGGUGGACCGAAGCUCUAGGCCUGGCACACAGAGAGUCGUUAACAACGAUCCUGUGGAUUUGGACCUGUUGGAAGAGACUACAUUUGAAUGUCCCCAGCACCUUACAUCCAUCAGUCAGGACUCUGUUUAUCCAGCAGAGCCCAAUUGUAGCUCAACAGCAUUCAAAGGUGACUUUGGCUUCUUGGCAAGCCUACAGCUAACUUCAGAUGUUCACUUCCCAUCCCCAACAAGCAAUAAUGGUAGCAGCAGCAAUCAAAGGGCACCCUUGCCAUGCCCACUGCAAGCCUCGCCAUGCCCACUACAAGCCUCACCAUGUCCUCCACGAGCUUCCUCAUGCCCACCACGAGCCUUGUCAUGCCCUCCGCAAACCAUGCAGUGCCAACCACAAGCCUUGCCUCACCCACCUCAAGAAGUUCCAUGCCCUUCUCAAGAUGUGCCCUGCCCUCAGAAUGAGCCAUGCCCUCAGCAGGAUAUGCCAGGCCCACCUCAAGACUCAUUGUGGCCUCCUCAGCUCUCACCAAGCCCACCUCAAGACUCAUUGUGGCCUCCUCAGCACUCACCGAGCCUGCCUCAGGACUCAUCGUGGCCUCCUCAGCUCUCACCAAACCCACCUCAAGACUCACUCUGCCCACCUCAAGACUCUCUAGGCCUACCUCAAGAGGUACCAGGCCCACCUCAAAACAUAUCAUAUCCACUAAAUGUGGCACACUUGCAAGACAUGCCACAGUCACUGCAAGAUGCACCACAGUCACCAGCAGACAUGCCACAGACACCAACAGACAUGCGACAUUCACCUGGAGACAUGCCACUGUCACCUGAAGAUGUUCCACAUUUACCUGGAGCCAUGCCACCGUCACCAGAAGACAUGCCACGUUCACCUGGAGAUGUACCCCUGUCAGCAGAUGUGUCACAGUCACCAGGAAAUACACCACACUCACCAAGAGAUGGGCCACACUUAACGGGAGAUGUGCCACACUUACCAGAAGAUGUGCUGCAUACCUCUGGAGAUACGCCACGCCCACUUAGAGACUUGCCUGACUUACCACAAGAUAAGCCUGACUUACCCCAGAAUGAUGUACAGAACCAUGACACUCCUAUGGAUAUCUCAGCUUCAUCCUCUAGGAGCUGCUCUCCCAGUCCACAGUCUCCCUUAGAGAAAGUUCCUUGGCUUUCUGUCCUGGAAACCCCAGCCAGAAAAGAGAUAUCACUGUCAGAGCCUGCCAAGCCUGGGUCUGCCCAGGUACAAGUACGAACACCACAAGGCAGGCUGCUCAACAGACCAUGCCUGCAUAGACUGAAGUACUUUUUACGCCCUCCGGUGCAUCAUCUCUUCUUCCAGACGCUAAUACCAGAUAAAGACACAAGAGAGAGCAAGUGUCGAAAAGCAGAAGUUAUCCCGCAUCGAAGACUAAGAAUGGUGACAAAUACAAUUGAAGAAAAUUUUCCCCUGGGGACUAUGCAGUUUUUGAUGGACUUUGUGUCACCUCAGCAUUACCCACCCAGAGAAAUUGUGGCUCACAUCAUCCAGAAAAUCCUACUGAGUGACUCAGAGACCCUGGAUGUCCUAAAGGAGGCCUACAUGCUCCUCAUGAAAAUUCAACAGCUACAUCCAGCCAAUGCCAAGACAGUGGAGUGGGACUGGAAGCUGCUCUCCUAUAUCAUGGAGGAAGAGGGACAAAAUCUGCCCGGCCGAGUGCUUUUUCUGCGUUAUGUAGUACAGACCCUGGAAGAUGACUUCCAGCAGAUGCUGAGGAGGCAGCGCCAGCAUUUACAGCAAUCCAUUGCAAGCACUGUGCUGUCCUGUGACAAGCAGCCCCACAAUGUCAGGUGCCAUCAAGUUGAUUUUCAACUCAUAGCGACUCCAUGCGACAGAGUAGAGCUGCCCUAUAGGGUUUUCUUGGCUCUAAUCUUUAUGGAAACAGAUCACCAAGUCCACCUGCUGACUGGAGAUGUGAUCAAGUGGCUGGUCAAAGUAGUAACUGAAGAUGAAUUGACUGAACCCCCAAAUGAAAAUCAAACCUCUUCGGAAACAAGAAUCUUGAAAGCCAGCAGCAGCCACCCUUCUCCCCAACCCAACUUGACAAAGAACACCAAUCAGCUGAUCGUCUGCCAGCUGCAGAGGAUGCUGUCUAUAGCCGUGGAGGUGGACAGGACCCCCACCUGCAGCUCUAAUAAGAUUGCUGAGAUGAUGUUUGGGUUUGUGCUAGACAUUCCUGAGAGGAGUCAGAGUUUUGCCAUCCCACUAGGCAUAAAAUGAGCCAACUCAGAGGUGGAAAGAGGGGACUUCACUACCACCAAGAAGAAGAGACAGGAGCAGAACAUGCCUUUGGACUUGGGGUCCCUGCACCAAGAACCUCCUAGACCCAGGAGACAGAAAGAGAGACCUGUACCACUGGAGACAGCAUGAGAUGGCGAGAAGUGGCAGCAGAGAAACGACAGUAGCAGAACGAGGAGACUGGCAUGAGACAACACGGUCGGCUUCCCGGCCCAUGGAGGAAGGUGGCUACAGUGGGUGUGUCAACCCACAGACUGAGAGAGCUGAGUGACUGGGCAGGAGACUUCCUGGUGGAGUGGGGUGCCUCCAGGCACUUGUCAGCAGAGCUAGGCUCAGCGACCCAUGGAAUGAGAGGGCUGAGCACCUUCAGGCCAAGGCUUCCUAUGGGAGUGGGGUAUCCCCAGGCACUUAUUGGUGGAGCUGAAGAGCUUUGUAACACUUUCCCGAGCAGGGCAGAGUCCCAAGGGGUCGAGGGACAGAGAGAGGCCUGCCUGCAGGCAUAGCUGAGAAGAGGCUGUCCUGAUCGAAAAUCCAUAUCCUGAGUUGUUCCUGAUCCUGAGUUGUAACCUGUUAUUUCCCUAAUAAACCCCAUAACUGUGAGUAUGGUCUGUUGAGUUCUGUGUGGCCAUUGCAAUGAAUUAUUGAACCCAGCAGAGAAGUAGAGAAUGCCAUGGGAGGGACGGCUAGUGUCAGAAUUGGUAAAAAGUUUGGAGAGUGGAGGUAUGUUUGACCUCCACCUGAUAGGAAUCAGCUUUGGACUGAUGCUUAUUUUGAUCUCCUCCCCCUUGUGAAGUAAACAAGGAGAUUGGGUGCCACCACACCACCAUUUUGCAACCAGUUUCUCCCCUGACCCUCAGCCAUGGGGCUUGGCAUAAGUAAAGUGUUCACUUAAAAGCUUGGUGGGUAAAUAAAAUAGGAAUGUCCAAUAUUAGGUGGAGGAGAGGUUACCCAAGAAUGAACCUGUAGAAUGAACCCAGAUAGUAAGGAUAAAGAAUUCAGUUUCUCCAAGCAUGAAUUAGUGAAGGAUUUCAUUAGGAAGAGAUAAAGAGUCCUUCGCAAGGACCAGUAACUCCUUCCUUAAACCAGUAACUUUGGAAUCCAGAAGAAUAAAAAUAAACUGGAAUGAAUAUGAAUUCAUGAGCAGGUGCUGGUACAGAAAAUAACUAUGAGAGAGCCACUGUGCAGUGAUGACCCUUGGGGAAUUAUGUAUGUUUGUCUGCAGUGCAUCUCCACCAGCUCCACGUCUGCUUCCCAUCCCAUUCCCUAAGCUCUCAGCUAGCAGUCAAGACUGCUCUUGAGCAGCUCCGGUUUCUUCCGUAAUAGAUAAAUAUUCUAAAUAGUAGAAAAAAAUUUAAUACCAAAUAGUAUUUUAAUAAGGGCUUAAUUAAAAUAUCCUGCUAAGAUUAAAACGAACAUUUUUGAGUUCCUACAACUACUCCUAUAUUAAUUAUCUCAAUUAUGUUCAUGAAAUAUCCCUAUUUAACAAAUGAGAAAAAGAGGCUCAAAAAGGUGAGUUAACUAACACAAGGUUAUACAGCUAAUCAGAUUUAGAACCCAAAUUUAAACAAAGCUCUGCUUAAUCCCAAAUUCAGUGUUCAAAGGAGACAAUAUAUUGUAGCGGUCAGACAGAAGGAAGUGUGUAAAAAUGCCAUGCAUGUCUACCACUCUGUCGGGAGUACUGCAUUUGUGUCUAACUCCCAUAUCAUUCAUUCAUUCAUUCCAGCCUCUGGGGAGAGAUGGGAAUUCAAGAAAUAGGUAGCUACAAACAAAUUUAGACUUAAAAUAGACAAAAAUAAUUUCUAAAACCUAGCCCUACUUUAGAACUCUCUCAGAGAGGCAAAUUGGCAACCCACCAAGUUAUACUAGAAGACACUUUCAUUUGGCCUUUACAUUUGUUUAUUUUAAUUUUUUAAACUUUAGGUAUAAUUUACAUGCAAUUAAAUUAUACAAACUAAUUUACCUAAGUAUCAUUUGAUAAGGUUUGGCAAAUGCAUGUAUCCACAUGACCCACGCUCCUAUCACUUUCCAAUAACUCAUUUAUGGAAAUCCUGCAACCGUGCUAAAUUUACUUAUUCUAAUAGGGUUUUUUUGUGUGUGUGUGAUUUCCUUAGGAUUUUCUGCAUACACAAUCAUGUCAUCUGCAAAUAAAGACAGUUUAACAUCAUCUUUCCCAAUCUGCAUGCCUUUUGCUUCUUUUUCUUGCCUUAUUUCAUGGGCUAGUAUCUCCACUUGAAUGUUAGAGAAGUAAUGAGAGCAGAUAUCCUUGCCUCAUUCCUGAUCUUAGAGGAAGAAACAUUCAAUCUUUGACCAUUAAGUGUGGUAUUAGCUGUAGAUGUUCAUAAGUGUCCUUUGUCAGAUUGUAGAUAUUUCCUUCUACUUCUAGCUUAUUGUUUUUUAUUCAGAAUGGGUAUAGAGUUUUGUCAGACAUGUUUUAUGCAUCUAUUGAGAUAAUCAUAUGACUUUUCUUCUUUAUUCUGCUGGUGUAGUGAAUUACACUGAUUAAUUUCCUAAUGUUAAACAAACCUUGUUGUUGUCAUGUGCAUCGAAUUGGUUCCGAUUUAUAGCGGCCCUACAUUCAACAGAAUGAAACACUGCAGCAUCCUCAAAAUCGUUGCUAUGUUUGAACCCAUUGUUGCAGCAACUGUAUCAGCCUAUCUCGUUGAGGUUCUUAUUUUUCGUUGACCUUCUACUUUACCAAGCAUGAUGUCCUUCUCCAAGGACUGGUCCUUCCUGAUAACAUAUACAAAGUACAUGAGAUGAAAUCUUGCUAGCCACCCUUCUAAGGAGAUUUCUGGCUGUACUUCCAAGAGAGAUUUGUUUGUUCUUCUGGCAGUCCAAGGUAUAUUCAGUAUUCUUCACCAACACCAUAAUUCAAAGGCAUCAAUUCUUCUUCGGUCUUUCUUAUUCAUUAUCCAGCUUCCUCAUGCAUAUGAGAUGAUUGAAAAUACCGUGGCUUUGGUCAGGCACACCUUAGUCCUCAAGGUGACAUCUUUGCUUUUUAACACUUUAAAGAGGUCUUUUGCCGCAGAUUUGCCCAGUGCAGUACAUCUUUUGAUUUCUUAACUGCUGCUUCCAUGGAAGUCGAUUGUGAAUCCAAGUUAAAUGAAAUUAUUUACACCUUCAGUCUUUUCUCUGUUUAUCACGAUGUUGCUUAUUGGUGCAGUUGUGAGGAUUUUUGUUUUCUUUAUGUUGAGAUGUAAUCCAUACUGAAGGCUGUACUCUUUGAUCUUUGUCAGUUAAUGCUUCAAGUCCUCUUCACUUUCAGCAAGCAAGGCUGUGUCAUCUGCAUAUUGCAGGCUGUUAAUGGGCCUUCCUCCAAUCCUGAUGCCACAUCUUCUUCAUAUAGUCCAGCUUCUUGGAUUAUUUGCUAAACAUACAGAUUGAAUAAGUAUGGUGAAAGGAUAAGACCCUGACACACACUUUCCUGACUUUAAACCAUGUAGUAUCCCCUUGUUCUGUUCGAACAACCACCUCUUUUUUUAUGUACAGGUUCCUUAUGAACACAAUUAAGGGUUCUGGAAUUCCCAUUAUUCGCAGUGUCAUCCAUAAUUUGUUAUGAUCCACACAGUCAAAUGCCUUUGCAUAAUCAAUAAAACACAGGUAAACAUCUUUCUGGCAUUGUAUGCUUUCAGCCAAGAUCCAUCUGACAUCAGCAAUGAUAUUCCUCAUUCCAUGCCCUCUUCUGAAUCUGGCUUAAAUUUCUGGCAGUUCCCUGUCAAUGUACGUAUUCAUUAAUUACAAAGAGAAAAAUAUUAUCUUUAAAGUAGAGAUACCAUACUAAUUAAGUGAUCAAAGUUAAUAACACCAAUCAUGAGACAAACUGGCAUCAUGCGUCUCUUGAUAUGAUACUCUGAGAAUGACAAAACAUCAUUUCUGCAGUACUUCUGUCCUCUCCUUUUUAUCUCCAGAACAUCAAUCGCACCUCAAAUACACGUACACUUUCCCUGCACUCAGCUUCCUGUUGCAUAUCCCUGUUCAAUUAUCAGCUUUUUGAGAGCAAUACUCUCCUUUAUUUAUCUUAAUAUUCCUUGUCGUGCCAAACUGUAUCUGGUACAUUAUGCUGUUGUUGUUAAGCUCCUGUUGAGUUGGUCACCGACUCGUGGCAACCCCAUUUACAAUGGGAUCAGAUCGUUGUAAUCCAUAAGGUUUUCACUGGCUGUUUGGAAAGUCUUCAAGAUUACUGACCUUUUCUUUUGCAGUGCCCAAUCUACUGUUAAGCCUAUCCAAUGAUCUUUUUUUCUACUUCAGAUACCGUAUAUUUUAGAUUAAGAGUUGCCAUUUGGUUCAUUUAUAUAGUUUCUAUAUCUUUUUGCUAUGAGUUCCCAUCUAGUCACUCAUUAUAUAUCUCUUGUUAAAAAAAAAAAAAAAAAAAAACCUUGAACUUAAUAAAUAACUGUUUUAAAUUCCUUGUCUGCUGAUUCCAACAUCUGUGUCACUUCUUGGUCUGUUUUUAUGGCUGUUUUGCUCCUGGUUAUGGAUCACAUUCUCCUGAUUUUUCCCAUCUAGUAAUUUUUAUUGUGUGUUGACCAUUGUAGAUGCUACAUUGUCGAGAGUUGGGAUUUUGUUGUCUUUUUUUUAAGAGUAUUGAGUUUCGUUCUGGCAGGCAGUUCAUUUCCUGGAAGCUUAGCUUUCUCCUGUUGAACUUUUUUAGGAUUUGUUAGGGUGGUCUAAAGCAGCUCUUACAGGGCUAGAGUAUGGAGGUUUAGUCUUUAUGGAGUCUCAAGAUGUUUCAAUGACAUCUCUGCACUCUGCACUCUGGCUCAUUGUAACUCCAUUGUCUCUCAGCACCGGGCAAUCCCCAGAAUCUCCAUUUAGCUCACAGUCCCACGGUAGCUGUUCCCUAACAGGCUUUUGGACAUUUUCCCUGCACAUGUGCUUAGGGGUACCCUUUACACAUUUCUUGAGUUCCGUCUUCUAUGAUACAAAUUUCAGCCCCUUCAGCUGUCCUGAACCCCAAUUUCUGUUUGCUCUGCCCAACAAGCCUGCUGCUUUCUGUUUGGGUACCACUUUCCUUUGUCUUAUUUAGAAAGUGGCCCCAGAAAGAAAGCUGGAGUAAAUAUGGAGGUAACCACCUUUGUUUCUUUUCUCUCAAGAAUCAUGGUCCUAUGUAGUAUGUUGUCCAAUGCCUGAAAAAAAGUUGUUUCAUAUAUUUUGCCCAGAUUUGUAGUUGUUUGUAGUAGAGUAAGUCUAAUACCAGCUACUCUCCUAAGGCUGAAACUAGAAACUGACCUUUCCCUGUCCCUUGUUUUUAAAAUCAGAAUUUGAAUUGCUAUAAGCAGUUCUACCCUCAGCUCCUACUAUGUCCAAUACAUUGAAUUACCUCCUUGUUCUAUGUAGGUCUCUUGAGUUUGCCAUUUGUGAAAUUAUAAAGCCAGGAUAAAUGAAAACCACGGAAUAUAAAUUAGAAGCAAAAAUACAGUUUGAAAUAAAAGGUUACUGAAUAGGAAAACUGUCUUGUGAAAGUAAUAGGCCAAAUGCAGAGUAGAAAUUAGAAUGAAAAAGAGUCUGAGGACUAUCUUGCAAAUAUAGGAAUUUGGAGUUCUUUGCAUUAAAGAAGAAAAUCUGUCAGAAAAUAUAGCAAAGGAUGCACAUUUAAGAGAUGAAAUGGAUUUUUAUAAAUAUUUUAGACUGAAAGCUUUUGAAUAGUCAGAAACAAAAGGAAAAUAUUUGUUCUGCUUUUUUAACUUUGUUUUUACUCUAAUAAUAUAUGUGUCCAGUGAAAACGUAAAGAUAAUGAGAAAAAAAAAUAAUAAAUGGGCACUUGUGUUGUUAUUGUUUGCCAUCGAGUGGCUUCUGACUCAUAGCAACCCUAUAUGACAGAGUAGAACUGUCCCAUAGGGCUUCCAAGGAACAGCUGGUAGAUUUGAACCACUGACCUUUUGGUUAGCAACCUGGACUCUUAACCACUACACAAGCAGGAGCUCCAAAUAGGUACUUAUUUAUCUUUUUUUAAUAAAUGGCAGAGGCACAGGGGAAUCUCUUGUUGCAAAGAGGAUGUUGCAAAACUCCAGAGGGGCAGGAUGUUGUCAAAGAACCCCUGGGUCUGCGCCAGCUCUGUUACUUGUUCACUAGGCAUAUCAUGCCGUUCUUCCCUGCCCCUUGUCCUUUGUGGGUCUCUGAGUUUGCCAUUUGUGGGUCAUAAAACCAGAAUAAACACAAGCCCUGGAAUAAAAACUGGAAGCAGAAAUACAGUUUGAGAUAAAAGAUUCGUGAAAGUAAUAGGCCAAACGCAGAGUAGAAAUGAGACUUAAGAAGAAUCUGAGGACAAUUGUGUCUGCUCACAAGCUGUCUGCUUCCCAGAAUUUCUGUGCCUAGUAAACCUGGCAAGGAUAAGCAAACAAACAAAAACCAUCAGGCCAUCCAGAGAUGCCCCCAUGCGUCUGAGACCAACCACCUUUUUCUAGAAGUUGACAUUGCUUUUUGAACAGUGAGUUUGACUCACUGUCCUCAAGUGCAGCUCCAGUUUUGCCACUCCCCUGCUUAAAAGCCUCUGAAGGUGCUCCAGCCCACCCUUGCUGGUCAAGUCCUGUAUUGGGUAGCGUGACAAAGUCAAGGGCAAGAGAACACUCAAGGCCCAGACUGGAAUUUAAGAAGUCACAGCUGUGUAUUUUUUACUUUUUUGUUUUUGCCCAUUUUUCCCUCCAGUUGAAAGGCCAUCUGCCUUCAGUCUUCUUUGCUCCUCCUAGCCCACUGCCCCCCAUGCCUCCUCUUCCAUAAGAAGGCCUCUUCCCAUCCCUAACCGGAUGAACCCUCUCUGCUUUGUAUCUCCAGAGCACCGCUGGCACCUUGCAUAUGUGUACACUUGCCCUGCACUUCACUUAGGUUCCUGUUGCAUACCCCUUACCCCUGUUCAGUUAUCAGCUUUUUGAAAGCAGUACUCUCUUUUAUUUAUCCUAAUAUUCCUUUUUGUGCCAAACUGUAUCUGGUACAUUAUGUAGUUGUUGUUAGUUGCUGUCGAUCCAUGCACAGCAGGAUCUGACCGUUGUGAUCUGUAGGGUUUUCAUUGGCUGAUUUUCAGAAGCAGAUCUCCAGGCCUUUCCUCCUAGUCUGUCUUGGUCUGGAAGCUCCUCUGAAACCUGUUCGGCAUCACAGCAACACACAAGCUUCUACUGGCAGACAGGUGGCAGCUGCAGGCAUAUUAUAGGCACUCAGAAAGAUACGUUCUCGUGAUUAAUUCUCAUACGUACAGUAUGAAGACAUUCUCUGUAACAUGUCCUCAACUUGUCUUUUUCAAACAUCAUAGACUUCUCUCUCCUGACAGUUUUUAAUUCUUGAACAAAUCUAUUCCUGUCCACAGACUUUGUGAUUUCAUAGCCGUCCAUCUCUUAAUCCUUCUUGGCUGCCUUUUUUUAAGGCAAAUGUAAGGACAUCCAGGAGAAAAGUAUGGAACAUGUUCCUUGAAAUAACAUUUGAAGUAGUUAACUCCCGUUUCCUCUUGUCC